CAAGGUGGAGAAAAGAAACAAAAAAACUCAAAAAGAGAACCAAAUGAACCUUCGACAACGAAAAGUGACACAUAGCAGAAGAACACCCCUCUAACCCAAAUUCAGACUCUCUGGAGAUCAAUUUAAUUUCUCUCAAGUUUCUUCCAAACGAUCUGCGUUUCUAUCUGUAAGUCUGUAACCUUAAUAUUUAGGGUUUCAACUUCUUCGCUGGUUGAGAUUGCGGUGAAAGAUUCGGUAUCCACCAGUUUCAAGUUCCUGAGCACUGGGGUUUGUAUCCAUCUUGCAAUGGCGUUUCGAAGCAGAGCAGGAGCUCAAACUAUGUAGAAUUGCUCAAGAUGCCAAAAUAUUUUUGAAUUGAGAAAUGUCGGUGUUGUAUUACAACAGAACACUAAGGAAGUAGACGAGAAAGUGAAGAGGGCAGGCCACAGAAAUGGAGUGCAAUAAGGAUGAGGCAAACAGAGCUAAAGAAAUUGCAGAGAGGAAGUUUAAUGCAAAGGAUACUUUGGGUGCAAAGAAAUUUGCUUUGAAAGCUCAAAAUUUGUUUCCAGAUCUUGAGGGCAUUCCUCAGAUGUUAGCAACACUUGAUGUGUAUAUUUCUGCCGAGCGUAAAAUAAAUGGAGAAGCAGAUUGGUAUGGUGUACUCGGUGUUGACCCAUUUGCCGAUGAUGAUACAGUUAGGAAACAGUACAGGAAGCUAGCUCUUAUGCUUCACCCUGAUAAGAACAAGUCUGUUGGUGCAGAUGGGGCCUUUAAACUUAUUUCAGAGGCGUGGAGUUUACUAUCAGAUAAGUCUAGAAGGGCAGCAUAUGAUGAGAAGAGAAAAACAAAAGCCGGGAAAGUUUCAUCGAAGUUUGGAGGUUCAUCAGCAGCAACAGGGGCUAAUGGCAGUUACAAUUUUGCUAAGACUGCCCCUUCAAGUGCAAGGACUCAGAAGAAUACUGCGAAAGAACACUCCUCAUCUUCUACCCAUAAGCCAAAAGGAAAUACAUUUUGGACUGUUUGCCACAGAUGCAAAAUGCAGUAUGAGUAUCUACGAGUCUAUCUUAACCUUAAACUCUUGUGUCCCAAUUGCCAUGAGGCAUUUUUGGCUGUAGAAACUGCUCCUCCACCUUCAAGCGGUAUUAGACCUGCAGCUUCAUGGGACUUUUCACAUCAGAAGAAUCGUCAAGGACCUAAUAAAAGCAAAUCUCAUGCUGGAAAGAACAUGGCAGCCCCAAACGUCGGGGCGGGGAAAAACCAUAGCAAUGCUGAUUUCCAGUGGGCUCCAUUCUCAAAAACAUCUGGUGUUUCUAAUGUUGCUCAAGCUGCAAGUGUUGUUCAGCAGGCCUAUGAUAAGGUGAAGCGAGAACGUGAGGAGGCACAAGCAGCUACCAAAAGGGAAGAGGCCUUAAGAAGGAAGCAGCAUGGUUCUAAAAAGGGUUACUUCAAUUCUGGUAAGAGAAAAAGGGGGGGCAUGGAGGAUGUCAAUGGUAAGGAACCUGUAAAUCGAAUGGGAGUGGGAAAUGGAGCAGUAGGAGCAUAUGCAAGAGAUUUUUCCCCAGCAGAACUGCAGGAUAUUCUUAUGGAUAAAGCUAGAAAAGAAAUUAGCGAUAAACUCAGGGAAAUUCGGUCAAAUACUUUUGAUAGUUUAGCUAAAGGGUGUGAGGAUGGCUUCAAGAAAGCAAAUGAGCAAGGUGAAAAAUUUUUAAGUAACCCUGAUUUGUGUACUGAAAGCAACAUUGCGAAGUCAGAAGACAGAGAGAGUGGAGCCCAAGUCCUCGAGUCAUUUGCAGGUACUACUACUAGUACUACCAUUGCUAAAAUUUUGGAAACAAUGCCAAUAGAUGUCCCAGAUCCUGAUUUUCUUGAUUUUGACAAGGAUCGAACGGAAGGAUCUUUUGGUGAAAAUCAAGUAUGGGCUUUGUAUGACAAUGAUGAUGGGAUGCCGCGGUAUUAUGCGAAGAUCCACAGUGUGGUUUCGCUAAAUCCAUUCACGUUGCGAAUCUCUUGGCUUAACUCAAACACCAAUGGUGAACUGCCACCCCUGAAUUGGGUUGCUUCAGGCUUUUCAAAAACUUGUGGGGAUUUCAGAAGAGGCAGACAUGAAAUCUGUAACAACAUCAAUUUCUUUUCUCACAAGGUUAGGUGGAGAAAAGGUAUUCAUGGUGCCAUCUGUAUAUACCCCAGGAAAGGGGAUGUUUGGGCCCUUUAUAGGAGUUGGUCUCCUGAAUGGAAUGAGCUGACAGCCGACGAGGUUAUACACAAGUUUGACAUGGUUGAAGUACUCGAGGAUUUUAAUGAAGAGUGCGGUGUAGUUGUUAUUCCUCUGCUCAAAGUGGCUGGGUUCAGGGCGGUAUUUCGUCACCACUCAGAUCCAAAAGAAAUCAGGAUAAUCCGGCGGGAAGAGAUGUAUCAGUUCUCACAUCAGGUCCCUUCGUAUUUUCUAACUGGUCAAGAAGCUCCAAAUGCCCCAAAGGGUUGCAGGGUGCUGGACCCAGCUGCUAUUCCAUCAGAAUUUCUCCAGGUAAUACAAACUGUGAAGGAGGAAGAUGUGGUGGAUAAUGAGGAUUGUAUAAUGACAGAAGCCACAAGCAACAAUGCGAAAGAAGAGAAUCGCGAGAAAAUGAUCACCGAAGCGAGUAAACCCAGGGGAAAUGAUGAAGAUAUUCCGGAAAUGAAAAUUUUGAAAGUGGACAAUGAGGGGAACAAUAUAGAGGUAACAGCAAGUGAAAACAUGAAAGAAGAUAACUGUGAGGAAAUGAUCACUGAUCUGAGCAAAGUUGGGGAAGAAAGGGACGGAAAUUAUGAAGAUACAGAAGAAAUGGAAACUUUGAAGGAAGACAAAUAGGUAUAAAUAUUUAUGUGGAAGCAUGAUAACAGCACGGGCUAGUAGCAUGGAAACUCAAAUUGAUAGCCACAAUUGAUUUGACAAAAUUAAAUCAAGAAUUAUUUGGCACUGUGAUUGGCUUAAGCAACAAACCAUUCAACAAUUACUGUUGAAUAUUGGUAAAUUUUGUCAAAUUAUUUCUAGCUAUGUACUUUUCAAAUAAUUGUGGUGGCAUCUCAACAACAUUGGUAUUAAUUUUUCCAUUAAAAGUAUUUAAAUGGUUCAGCCCCAGGUCAUAGCAAUCAAAUUAUUGCAGUGAUGAAUCUGGUGUCCUUACAAAGUUCGUCUGAGGUCAAUAUUUUGUGCAUAAGUCUUUGGCUUCAAUUUCUAGGAAUUUAUUUAAUUUUUGUCUUGUAAAUCAGAUGGUGACAUGUUCAUCAAUAUCUGUACUCAUGUAAUCGUUUUUAGACCCGUUAGUGAUUAAUUACAGUACAUUACCAACUGGCUAGAUAUUCUUAAUAUUGGAUCAUUCAGAUUAAUAUUAUUUUUAUUCUAGAAUA